GAGAAUGUUACGGUAAUUGAAGACAAUAAAUUGCCGGAAGAUGCGAGUGCUUUCAUGGCAGCUGCAUGUGAUGUUCUAAGUAGUAAAAAACCAGACAUCCUAGUACAACUAAUACACGCAACAGAAGAUAAGGGAUUUAUUCUCCUUCAAGAGAGCGGUAUUAAUAAAGAUACAUUUCCUUUCCUUAAAUCAUGCGGGCUGAACAUCGUUUUAGAGAAAAGUCUCAAUAAGCAGACUUUACUGCUUCUGAAGAAAGAAGAGAAGCCACCUCAGAAAACAGAGGUAGUGCACGUAAACAAUAAUGAAUUCAGUUGGAUUGAAAAGGUGAAAAUGAUUAUGAAGAACGAGAAAGAUAAAAAAACUAAUGAAACAACAAGACUGGUGCUAGUUGCCGAAGGAGAUAUGGAGAAUGGUUUAUUAGGUAUGGUCAAAUGUUUGAGAAGAGAACCUAAUGGUGAAAUUGUCAAGGCUGUAAUAAUUCAAGAUAAGAAUGCACCAAAGUUUUCAUUAAACGAUCCAUUUUACUCUGAACAACUGGACAUAAACAUUGGUUAUAAUGUUUUAAGACCGGGUAGAAUUUGGGGUACUUACAGACACGUACCAUAUCCGGAAGUGAAGCCAGUUCCAGUUCCAAAUGGAUAUGUCAACUUAAAAGUAAGAGGAGAUUUGAGUUCCAUUCAGUGGAUGCAGGGUCCAAUACAACCUGAUGCGAAGUACGAUAAUAUCGUGAAGGUGGUGUACGCUUCUUUGAACUUUCGAGAUGUGAUGCUAGCUACGGGAAAACUAAUGCCAGAAGCCAUUACAAGGAAAAGAGAAAGUACAGACUGCUUAAUCGGCUUCGAAUUCAGCGGCAUCGACUCCAAUGGUCGGCGAGUAAUGGGCUUUGUAGAUAGCAAGGCUAUAUCGAAUCUAGUCACUCCUGAUAAAUUAAAUGUGUGGCCAGUACCAGAUGAGUGGUCCCUCGAAGAUGCAGCAACAAUUCCGUCUGCCUACUUCACCGUACUCUACGCUUUCUUCUACUUCGGAAAAUUAAAAAAAGGGGAAAAGGUACUGAUCCAUGCAGGAAGUGGUGCUGUAGGUCAGGCAGCGAUCAACGUGGCCCUCGCAGAAGGUUGCGAGGUCUUCGCUACAGUGGGCACGCCCGAAAAACGCAAGUUCAUUAAGGAAACCUUCCCCAGCAUAGAUGAUGAUCAUAUAGGAAACUCUCGAGAUACUAGUUUUGAACAGAUGGUGAUGAAACAAACGCACGGAAAAGGUGUCGAUGUAGUUUUAAAUUCUUUAGCUGAAGACAAACUCCAAGCAUCUGUUAGAUGCUUGGGUUACCGCGGCCGUUUCUUAGAAAUUGGUAAAUUCGACUUGGCGGCUAACAAUAAACUAGGAAUGGAGAUAUUUUUGAAAGAAAUAAGUUUUCAUGGAGUUUUACUGGAUAGCAUGAUCGCCGGUAUUUCGCCUGUUCUACAAGAAGAAAUGUAUAAUUUUAUUAAUAAACAAUUGAAAGAUAGGGCUAAAGCUAUCAAGCCGAUAGUACGGAAGACCUUCCAGAAGGAUCAGUUGGAAGAAGCAUUCAGGUACAUGGCAGCAGGAAAGCAUAUUGGAAAGGUAAUUAUUUUUAUUCUUCAUUUUUCCCUAACGUCAUUUUUAACAUCAACUGAUUUGACCGUUCUUCACCGAAUACUGUUAUUGUUUCUUCUACAGAUUGUAAUUAAAAUAGCAGACGAAGAGACUCCUCUAAAUACUCAUGUUCUUGCUUAUCCUCGUUUCAACGCUAUGAAAGGCAAAAGUUACGUACUUGUUGGUGGUUUAGGUGGACUUGGUCUUGAGGUUGCAGACUGGCUCGUUUUACGUGGUGCUAAGAACUUAGUAAUGGUUUCCAGAAAUGGAAUAAAAACUGGGUAUCAGAGACUGAGGACAGAAGUAUGGAAAUCCUAUGGCGUGAAGGUUCAAAUUAUUUCCGGCGUAGAUGCUUCAAAAACGGACGAUUGCGAAUUCAUUUUACGAUCAGCAGAGAAACAGGCUCCUGUCGAUGGCAUCUUCAAUCUGGCAGCGGUGUUGAAAGAUUGUUUAAUGGAAAACCAAACAGUAAAAUUGUUUGAAGAGAGCAUGAAACCAAAGGCUAAAAUCACUAAGAAAUUGGACGAAGUUUCAAGGAAAACUUGUCCAAAACUUCGAUACUUCGUAGUCUUUUCUUCCCUGUCGUGUGGAAGGGGAACUGCUGGACAAACUAAUUAUGGUAUGGGAAACGCCGUGUUGGAGAGAAUUUGCGAAAGAAGAGUAGAAGAAGGCCUUCCUGGCAUGGCAAUUCAGUGGGGAGCUGUUGGAGAUGUCGGUCUUGCAGCUGACAUGUUGGAAAAUAGGCAGCAAUUAGAAAUUGGUGGAACAUUGCCCCAAAGGAUAUCUUCGUGUUUGGAAGAAUUCGAUAAAUUUAUGUGUCAGAGUAGACCAAUUGUGGCUAGCAUGGUAGUGGCUGAAAAACGACCGAGCGCCAGUAAGGUUAGCACCGUCCUUGAAGCGAUGAUGAAUAUAAUGAAUAUAAAGGAUCUUAAAACUGUGAGCCAGACUACUUCUUUGGCUGAACUAGGGAUGGACUCCAUGAUGUUAGUAGAAAUAAAACAAACUUUAGAGAGAGAUUUCGAACUAUUUCUGACACCGCAGGAUAUCAGAGCCCUGAAUUUCGCCAAGCUUAUGGCAAUGUCUACCACAGAUACCAAAAAGCAAACGAAACAAACUAAGAAGAGAGUUGAAAAGACGGAAAAUUUAGGUGGCAUGCAAAUACUGAUGAGGACCAUAAAUGUUUCUCUAUUAGAUGGACAGUAUUGUGUACAACUACCUGUUAAAUGUGGUCAGGAAAAGAACGAAGUAUUCCUUAUACCCGGUAUUGAAGGAUCUGCUGAAAUAUUCACUGCUUUAGCACCGAAAUUAAAAUUACCUGCUACUUGUCUACAACUAGGAAUAAACGAUUCGGUUGAAUCUAUAGAAGACAUGGCUGAUCUCCUCAUACCUCACAUUCUAGCAAGGACCAAAGGUCGCAGAGAUUUUGUGAUUGUGGGAUACUCAUAUGGAUCACUAGUAGCUAUAGAGUUAAUAAGGAAACUGGAAGCUCGUGCGUUAGUUGGGCACCUUAUAUUAUUAGAUGGUUCUCCCGAUUACAUGAAAGCCAUAAAGUUUGAACACUUCGUAGCUGCUUCAGAACACGAAUAUCAAAAUAAAUUUCUAUCUGACGUGUUGCGCGUCGUCAGAUCACCCACUUUCUUGCAGUGUAAAUUAGAAUUGCUGAAUUGCAAUGAUUGGGACGAAAAAUUAAACGUGACAAUCAAACACAUGCCUGAUGAAGUACAUAAAAUCUAUUCUCCGGAUGUUCAGAAAGCAAUUAUUUCGUUUAUAUUCAAACGUCUGUGUUUGUUAGACAAAUAUGACCCGUCUACCACGUCACCUCUUAGUACACCUAUUACAUUAUUGGUACCAACAAAUCCAGCUACACAAUUACCGGAUCCAGAUUAUGGUCUCAGCAAGUUGACGCAUGGAAAAGUAACAGUGCACAAGAUUGAAGGAAAUCACAUAACGAUGUUGGAUAAUAAAAAGGUUGUGGCUGUUAUUAAUGGCGACCCAAUAGAGGAUGAGGACAUAUUCAAAGAAACUCUAAAUCUGCCAAAUGUUGAUAUAGAGUUAAAAGGCGAGAACUUCAAUUUCAUGGGAAUAUCGUAGAAAUAGGAUAAAAUGUCGAAACUAAACGUGUAUUGCGAAGACUCUUUUACAAAGACGUUAUUAAAAUAUACACCUUUACUAUAAUUAUACGUGUAUCUUUGUAUUGUAAUUUCUAACUCGUAUAACAAAGCAUCAGUAUAUUCCUUAUGCAUCAAUAUGUAUAUGCCACAAUAAUGCAACUUCAAUUAUAAUUGUUUGAAGAUCAAUGAUUUUUACAAGAUUUAAGAGCAUUGCUCGGCCUUGUUCAUACUUAUUAAUUCGUGUAACGAGAAUUCGAAUAUGAAAUAUGCGUAAAUAUGCGUUGGUUACUCGGAAUUACAUAUGCGGGAAAGGGAGCGAAAAUAUUCGACGUCUACGCCACUUAGCGGAAAAUUAGCUUCCCUGCAGAAAAAACGACCGAGCCUCGCUAUCAUUCUGCUUUUAGUCAGCUUAGGCCUUCGAUCGCUUCAGACGAUAAUCGUACGGAAAAGGUCGAUCUCAGGCGAGUUCAAUUGAACGAAGGUGUACCUCCGCUGGGAUUAACGAGAUGAUCUUGCCGCUAGUUUCCAUACGGUCAUCGUUCAAUUUUCCUAGGGCCGAUAUGAACGGAAGAUUAUCUUCCGUUCCUGAUUUAAACAUUGAUUCCUGUGUCGGAACAAGAAUACGUUACUCUGAGAACGUAUUUGAGUCACGAUCGUCCCGUAAUCCUCGAAAUAUUCUUGGCUGAUUACCGGUCGAGAAACCACGUCCUGAUAUAGGGCCUGCAGCAGGUUUGAUAUUGAAUCACUCGGUAACCUGUAGUGUACCGCGGAAAAAACGACGGAUGAGUUUCCCUGGUAAGGUACACCGUGGAAUAAGGAGGUGUAGCUUGUGAGGAGAUUGUCCAUCGUAUAGGGUCAGUCGGAGAUUCGGCCUUACAACACGGGCUCCCACACCCAGCAGAAGUAGCUGAGUGUGCACCGAGCAAGGAGCGAUCCGUGGUCUCUGUUUCGGCGUAACGAAUCAGUGCAAUUUCCGAGGCUCUCCUCACCCGAUUACGGGUUAGUUGAGAAAUACUCGAAGCGAGAGUUUACUCUCGAUAAUUUAAAUACAGUCCACUUUAGUCGUUAAGGAAUAGAAUUUAAUUUGGUUCCAUUCUUUUUUUUUUAUUUU